CCCCAGUGGGAGCAUCAUCACCGUGUUAUCAUCGUCCAGUUGUUAUUUCACUGGAUUAAAACCCGGCAUGAGCGUGUUUGGUGGAGUUGCUGAUGGUUCAGUUGUGGGGAAAAAUGUCUUGCAGAAUCCCGGGCCGGAGAAGUGGCGGCCAAUGGCCAUUUCUAAUCCGUCUACCAGAUUGAGGAUGGCGAGGACAAUGCCCCAUUGGGUCAUGGCACAGGAGCAGCAGAACCCGUCGUCGCACCCUCGCGGUCCCCCAGCCCCACCGAAGGUCCCACCCCCAUCGCUGACCGGCGACUGCGGUGAUCCGGACUACGAGGUGAUCGAAUUUCCCCCAGCGAAUCGAUCGCAGAAUAACGCCGGCAAUCCCCAGGCAAAAAAUCCCCAGAAAUGCGCACUCUGCGGUGGCACAAAUCUCUUUGCCCGUUGUGACGUCUGCAGGGAGAACUUUUGCGAAGCAUGUGAUGACAUGAAUCACAAGCAUCCGAAGAGACGCGGCCACACGAGGAGGAGAAUUUUCCCUCAGGAGGUACCCUGCAGGGCCAGACCCCCUCUGCCACCCAAGGGGGAACCCCAGCCGCCGCCAGUGCCGCCACCACGACGAAACCGUAGAAAUACUCAGGCGAGGGCUACGUUAAAUCAGGACACCGGUGUUUUGCUCGGGGUGAAAAGAAACAUCAACCAUCAGGAGAGACCUUUGCCCUCGGCACCUGAUGGCGGUUUCGUCAAUCCUCGAGGGGCACAAUCACAUUCAGCUUUGGACACUGUGGGCUCGGGGAUGGAUAAAAUGUCAACUUUACAGGAGAGAUAUCGCAGAUAUCAGGAGGCAAUGAGGGCUCAGGAUGCUGGGCGCAGAAGAUUAAACACCCCCGAGGGCUCCCGAGACGGCAGUAGCCCCAGACCCCUGAGUUUAGGCUCCUCCCGACCAGGUUUACUCACACCUCCACCCCCUCCGCCCCCCAGGAGCAUGAUGGGAUCCUCCAGCGUGUCGGAUCUCUCGGCUCAGCACCUGUGGAACCCGGGGAUGCAACAGGCCCAAUCAAUGGCCCACCUGGGUCCACGAGGUGUCCCCAUGCUGUGGUACCCCCCAGGAAGCCCUUGGGACUCGAGCUUGAGCGGCUCGACGAUGAGCCUCAAUCAUCCCGCGAUGUGGGCCUACCCCAUGGGCUACAAUCCCCAGGCGAUGCUUCCCCCUCAGUAUCCGGGGACGUUGUCCCGGUGUCAGAGCCCCGCGAGGAGCUACAAGUCCAGGAGGAGCAGGGCGCCCUCACCCUCGCCCAGCACAAAGUCCAGGAAGUCGAUGGCCUCGAGGUCGAGGUCGAGGCCUCCCUCGGAUUCACCAAGUGACGCUAGUUCUGAGGAGUCUGAUGAGUCUGAUUUCGAUGACAGAUUGUCUCGGUGCUCCAGGAAUAUGAGAAGGGGAAGUCUCAACAAGGGGAGGGGAUACCACGAUGAUGACAGAUCGAGUCUCUCGAGGGGUCGAAGGAGCCACUGGAGAUCAGAAGAUCGAAUAGCGUUGGCGCCAGCCCGAAACCCGGACUACUCAGACCUGGAGACUCGCUCCUACUCGUCUCGUCAACCGUCCGAGGCCGAGGAAGAUCGCAGAUCUCGUCGAGGGGGUUCAAUCCUCCGUGAGGACGCACGUCGUCGUCCCCAGGCCUCUGAAACCGACGAGGAUCGUCGCAGGAGUGUCUCCAGAUCCCUUCAAAGGCCCAGCGUCUCCCGACCGAACUCCGAGACCGACGAGGAACGACGAAGGGACUCCCGGCGAAGACGAUCCCAGUCCAUCAAACGAUCGGUCGACGAAGACAAAAUUCCCAUUAAAAAUGCGAUAAAAUCAAACGGAAUGAGAAAUCACCGGAGAUCUAGUACCGAUCAGGAUUCGGACUCGAAAAUAAAUCGUGAAGUUGUGAGGAAAGUUCAAAAAUCCGCGAAGGAUAGGGAAGAAAAGGCGGAAAUGAAAAGUGAAGAAGAAAAUUCCUAUAAAAAUCAGGAAAGCUCGAGGAAAAUGCCGGAAAAUUUGCUGAAAAGUGCGGAAAAUUCGAGUAAAACAUCGGAAAAUUUACAGAAAAAUUCAAAAAAAAUUGGAGCCAACUAUAAACUAGAGCAAAAAGUCGAUAAUUCCCUUGACAAAAAAAUCACGAAACAGAAAUUAUUUACUAACUCGUCCCGAGAAAGAGGAACUGUCAAUGAAGAAUGGGCCUGUGAGCACUGCACAUUCAUAAACGAUCCGAAGGUCAAUGUUUGCGUUGUCUGCUGCAAGACACGGAAGUGUGCGUUGCCCCCGAGUCCGAAUAACGAUUCUCCGAGUCCGGAUGGAGAGAAAAAGCGCGGGAUCCGGGUAUCCAACAGCGAGGAGAGUGAUUCCCCAGCUAAUAUCAAAGAGGAAGGAAAUUCUAAUGAUAGAGUUGAAGAAGUUGAAGACGAAGACAAGGAGAAAAUAUGUGAGGAGACGACGCUGAAAUGCACGUCAACGUCGACGUCCCCAAUCAGAGAUUUAGGAACAGAACCACCAGAACUGAUAAAACAGAAUUCCUCGUCUGCGUCUUCUGCUCCUCGGACCCCCGUCCCUUCACCUGCGCCACCCUCUGGAGCUCAGGGGAUCUCCAUCGAAAGGGGAACCUCCCCCCCACCUCAAAGUAUUGCCACACAGACCUACGAAGCUCCCCAGGACGUCAAAGCAGCCAUCCAGAGGAAAUCGAAACCGACUCCAGAGCCUCGUCCACUAUUUUGCGAUGAGGACAGUGAUCUAGAGGAUUCGCUGAUGUACACCAACAGCCCAGACUUGUACCCACGUGUCCUCCCGCCCCACUACAUCGUCCAGCCGACGUCGGCCCACCGAUCUAGGCGAAAUUCCAUCGAUUCUUCUCAUCAUUAUUAUCGAUCUAGGGAGCCAAGUCAGUCCAGAUAUCGCGAAGAGUCUCCUCAUCAGCCGCCAUCACCAGGUCUAUCGACUCUGACUCGUCAGGGUCUGGAGAUUGUGGAGAUGUUGCGAAAGGCUGAGAAGCAAGGCUUCUCAGCAGACGAUGUCCAAGUAGCCUUGGCCCAGGGUGCAGCAAAUCCAGUGGAGUGGCUGACCCAACAGUGGCCACACCUCGUGGAGACAGUGCAGGUCCUGGUGUCCACGAGGGGCAGGGAAAUGCCAGAUGAUCGAAAUGACAUUGGAAUAUUGUCUCCAGAUGAGGCCAGGGAGGCCCUGAGGAGUUGCAAGGGUGAUGUCUGGACUGCUGUGACGAAGGCCAUUCAGAUGAGACAGCAAAAGUGCGCAGGGAUAAUGUCAAAAGGUAAUUUUCCACUCGUGGAGGUGGUGAAAUCCCUGAACAGUCGUGGAGGUAACGAAGACCUUGCACUCCUGGAGCUCCAGAAAAACCAAUUGAAACCAUUUUUAAUGCGCAUUUGGGGACCACCUGUUGGGGUUGACAACGACGAGGCUGCUCCCCGCGUGGAAGUAGCCAGUGCGAUCGAUUCGUUGGAAGUCGACGAAAAAUCGAUGGCAGCCGGAUUGGGAGUGGAAUCAAAGAAACAGGUAAUGUCAGAAAAACUCACUGAUUUCCCAGAGUUGCAGGAAGAAGUGCUGAAUAAUCUCACCGAAAACGCUUCAAAAAUAGCGAGAAAUCCCCCUCUAGAAGGUAAUAAUGCAAUCGAUUUAUCCAGCAGUUGUGAAGGUCCACGAGACGAAGUAAGUCCAAAAAAUAAUGAAACAAAAACAGUGAAGACAGAGCAGAAGCAGGAGAUCCCAUUCGAUGGAUUGGUCCUCCCUGAGAGCCCCAAGUCCCCGAUAAAAGAUGAAUCCCUUCAGCCUGCAGCCAACAAAUCGCUCAACCCCGAGGAUAAACCCACUGAAAUCGCACGGAAUAUCGAAGUUAAUCAGUCCAACGAAGUCAAUCGAUUGAUGGGAAUUGAUCAAGACGAUGGAUUGCAUACGUCAGAAGCAGUGGAACAAUUUCUCUCGGCGAUGAAAUCACUUCCUGAGCAAUUUCUGGGGCCCCUGACAGCUGCGUUGCAAGGACUCUCUAAUAAAUCACAGAAUGAGACGGAAAAUUCUGACAUUGGAGCAUCAACUCCUGUUUACGAAAAUGUCGAACAUUCACAGGGGAUUCUGGAGACUUCGUCAGGGGUCUCUGGAUCUGAGGCAGCACCAGGGAGUCUAGUUGUUGAUCCAUCGCCUGGAGCCAUUGGAGAGGAUUCUGAUAUCAUUAAAAUCCCUCCGGAUAUAUCAGAUCUGCCCGUAGGUGCUGAGGAAAUGGGACAAGGAUCUGGGAAAUUAACAGAAAUAGUGAAAAAUGACGAAUCAUAUUUUGAUCGUAAUCUGAUUGCUGGACAACCUGGAGGAAAAUCGAAGGAAGAAGCAGAAAGGGACCAAUUAGUUGGAGAAAAAGUAAUUGUUAUCAAUGGGAUGAAUGGGAGUGAUAGAAAAUUGGAAGAUAUUGGAGCAGAACCAUUGGAAAAUACACAAUCGAAAAUUCAAGGGGACAAUAAAUUAGGAACUGUGAAAAAUGGAGAGUCUGGAGAAACGCUGGUGGAAAAACAACUUGUAGGUGAUAGGAAGGAGGAGAAAUUAGCAGAGGGAGAGUUUGGGAAAGACUUGAAAGUUGUGGAUGAAAAAAUUGAAGUUGAAUUCCCGAAAAUAUCGUCGAAUUCACUUGGAUCUCCCGGAGGAUCUGGUGAAAGUUUUCAAUCGGUCAUCCAAGUCCAGAAAGAGGAUCAAAAUAUUGGGAAACAUGGGGAAACUCCUCGUGAAUCUCCACAGAUAGGGGCAUCUCCUAGAGAAAUUCGUGGGAAAAUUGAUGAGACUUCAAAAUCGGCGAUCGAAUUCCAAAAAAAUGGAAAUUCUGGGCCAAAAAAUGCAAAUUCUGGGCAAAAAAAUGGAAAUUCUGGACAAAAAAAUGGAGAAACUUUGAAAUCAAUCCUUAAAGUCCAAAAUAAUGAAGAAAAAAUGGUUAAAAAAAAUGCAACGACUGAAGAACCUCCAAAUGCAAUAACCAAAGUCCAAAAAACUCGUCAAAUUAUCACCGAAAAAAUGGAAUCACCAUUGGAAGGGGUACGUACACAGUGUGAAGUUCCUCCCGUGCCUGAAUCACUUCACGAGCCAUUGCCAUCAUCGCCAAGCAUGAGCACUCUGAAAUUAUUAAAAUCUAGAUUCUCAAGCAUGAUGUCAAGAUUUCCAUUGUCGAAGUCCAUGAUAAUGGGAGUAAGUGAGAAGCCAGAUUCCCUCGCUACUAAUAAAAAUUCGAAAGACGCGAGCAAAGAAGACAAAAUUUUUAACGCUUUUACUGAUGCUCCAGGCUCUGUGUUAUCGGCUACUGUUAAUGGCACAGAUGACGGGACUUUUUUGGUGAUAAGUCCACCGGAGGACUUUGGCGACGACACAAAACCUCGCGACUUUCGCGUUUUGGGGAGGAAAGAACAUGAUGAACCUGAGAAUUUAAGCUUUGAGAGUGAUUUUACGGGUGCAGGGCAGGUCAAGGUCAUGCGAAGUACUAUUUACAUUCAGCCUUUGUGUUUUUCUAAGGGAAGACAACAUCGGGAAGACGAUGUUAUAGGAAACAGGAGUGUUUCUGAUGUUGAGGAAGAAAUAAAAGAUCGAGGAAGAAAUGAAAAAAUGGGGGAAAUUGCGCGCGAGAUGGAAAAGGACGAGGCGAAAGUGGAGGGUGACGUGAAGACUGCUGAAGAGAGCGAAUUGCCUGAGGAGUUCUUCGAUAGUCUGGAAGAGUUCGUGACCCAGGAAGUAGUUCAGGAAGUUUUAAAAAAUGUUGACGUCGAAGGAGAUGGGAAUUACUGGGGAGAGAAUUCUGGUGAGGGAAUGGCACCGGAGACUUUUGAGCUGAUGAUCAGAGAGCCUCCUGCGAUAACUGUAAACGACGCGGCGCCGAUACUGGGGUCGCCGGUGGUCCAAGGGUCCCUGAGGAUGAACUUGGUGCGAUCGGGAGAGGGACAGCAAUUGGUGGCACGUGAUUCUGGUGUAAAUGACGGUGAUCCUGCGGCGGUUCCUGUGGAGGAAUUUUUGCAGGGAAAAUCGAGAAAUAUUGGAGACAAAGAGGACGUUCAGAGAGGCGGUAAGAACUUGAAUACGAAGAGAACGAUGAAGAGGAUGAAGUCCCCGGUGAAGCGGGGGUACGCCAGGAGAAUUCCUGGGGUGAGGUCCGCCAGAAAAUCGUUUUCUCCGCCGAAAAAGAAUUUCGGGAUUUGGAUGAAGCGAUCAUCCAGGGGCGGAGAAUCGAUCGCAAGGACUUCCAGACCGAUGGCUCCUGAGAACAAUAGAGUGGAGACAAAAAAUAUUGGUAAUGGGAUUGUGGGAGGGGAGAUAAGAUCGACGAAAACUUCUGCGGAAAAUGAAAAAAAUUCUGUAGACAUUUGUGAGGGGAGGAUUUCGGUACAAAAAUCUGGCGAAAAAGGAAAAGUCGCAGAGGAAGAUUCAGUGGAAGAAGAAGAUCAUCCAGAAGGAGAUAAAAUUACAUUACAAACAGCAAUGGAACAUAAAAAGAAUUUCGAAAAUAGAAAUUUACAAAAACCUCUGGUGAAAAUGUUGAAUGAAAGAGAAGAAUCUUGCGAAAAUACAAGUUUAUCAAAAAAAUCCGUUGAAACAGAAAAAGUUCCUCCAAUUCGUGCUGAAGAAAUAAUUGUGGAAAGAGAAGAAAAUGGGUUCGCGCAAGAAUGUGACAAUAAAGAAAUUCCCGAAAAGAUAACUUCAAAAACCUCAACUGAAGAAGAAAAUACUUCAGGUAAAAUUCCCAUCCAAAAGGAGAAAAAUCCACAAGAGGAAAAAUCGCGAUUUAAAAUGAAAAUGAAACCAACAAAUCAUUUAGAAAAAAAAUUAGAUAUCGGUUUUGCACAAAAAAACCCUGUCAAAGAAGAAAAAAUUCAACAAGAAAAGAAGCCGCUAUUGAAAAUGAAAAUGGAAUCAAGAAAUACAUCUGACAAAAAAAUAGAAAUUGACUUAAAGUCUAAGUGUGAGACUGACUCGUUGCAAACAUCAGUUCACAUAAAUACCCUGCUCGUAAAUGACCCUAAAGUGAAGCCGGAGGAUAAAGGACUAAGCCUCCUCGACAGGCUUCGAAAAUCUCCGUCGAAAAUUCCGGUUUACCAGAAGAAACCUCAAACGAUUUCGGUAACGAGUCAAAAAAUCAUCGAAGUGAGUUCCUCGAAGCCGGCGAGGGCGGAGAUAACGCCUCCUGUUCGUGCUAUUCCAGUAUUAUCCCCCAUAACUGCUGCAGUAAAUGUAGCUCAAGCCCUGGAAAGCCCUCCAAAUCCUUCGCCUGCAACGGGUGUUUCGGCUCUCCAAGAGGAAGAAACUGCAGGAAAACUAAAUCCAGAGAAGCAGGAAAAUACUUCAAAAGAGGAAAUGAAAACGAAAGCAACCGAGGAACCGGGAAAAACGCUUGACAAAUCGGUAGGAAAAGCAGAAGAAUCGCAGCAUUCCGAGCCAAUUGUCUCUUCAGAUUCCGAAGAGGAAACGGAAGAAGAAGAAGAAGAAGAAGAAGAAAUCGCAGGAGAUGAAGUUUCUGAAGAGGAGGUUGAGCUCGAAGGAAGUUCAGACGAGGAGGUGAUCGAAAUUGUGGAGGAGGAAAUAACUUACUCCAGCAAUUCCUCCUCCUCGGGCUCUCAGAAGAUCCCAACAGUCCUCGAGAGGCGUUCGUCCUCAACGGAGGAGCUGACAGGAGCUGAGCUGAUGCUGCAAAUGACUCUAGACCGAAUAAAAGCGGAGCUAUCCAACUCGGAAUUCGACGAGGAUGAGGACGAAGGGAUGAUGAUGAAUUCCAGUGAUGACGAUGAAAUCUCGGAUAUCCCCGACUACAGUCCCUCGAGGAAUUCGAUGAUUGGUAAAUCCCCGGAGCCACCGCCACCUCUGUCUCAGACUCCAGGAGAAAACGACGAUCAAGAGAUUAUCGUCAACAUUAAACUAGACCCCAAAGCCACGAUAACAUCAGCUGUAGAACCAGAGGUGGUGGCAGAGCACACGGUGAUCCCCAGAAAGCGUUUCUCAAUUGUUGCGAGUUAUGUGCAACAAUUCGAAGGGGAAACACCAAAACGCGAGAGACGAAACUCGAGGGAUGUCUCGGGGGACGUUCAGAAACGUGAGAGGUCGACGGUUAGUGAGAGGGAGAGAACAGCGAGACGCUUGUUGGCAGAAGGUAAAGUCUCCAGCUAUGACGAGGCAGAAAUUGCUGCUAGUCUAAUCACCUUAAAGUUCGGAGACGAUGAGGCUGUUCAUGCAGCCAAAGAGUGCGGGAGUGUGGAGUCAGCUAUUGCUUUUCUUCAACAAGAAUGCGAAUUGUGCACUGGAAGAUUCGCCGUCAAUCAGAUGAUCUCGAUGCUGAAGUGCAUCCACAGGUGCUGCAACGACUGUGCGAAAAAUUACUUUACGAUCCAAAUAAGCGAUAGGAACAUCAUGGACGCUGUCUGUCCAUUCUGCAAAGAGCCCGACCUGAAAGACGCGAAUGAGGAUGAAAUUCUCGAGUACUUCAGUAUUCUCGAUAUUCAACUGAAAAGCCUUCUCGAUGCCCCCAUUCACGAGCUCUUUCAGAGGAAAUUGAGGGACAGAACGCUGAUGCAGGAUCCGAAUUUCAAGUGGUGUGCACAGUGCUCGAGUGGAUUCUACGCAAAUCCAAAUCAAAAGCGGCUUAUCUGCCCUGACUGUAGAUCUGUGACCUGUGCAUUCUGCAGAAGACCCUGGGAGAAGCAACACGAGGGAAUAACCUGCGACCAGUUCUCCGCCUGGAAAGACGAGAACGAUCCGGACAAUCAGGCAGCUGGUCUGGCCCAACAUCUGGCUGACAAUGGAAUCGACUGCCCCAAGUGUAAAUUCCGAUAUUCACUGUCUCGUGGAGGCUGCAUGCACUUCACCUGCAACCAAUGCAAGUACGAGUUUUGCUGCGGCUGCGGUAAGGCCUUCAUGAUGGGUGCGAAGUGUUCCACCAGUCCUUACUGCUCAAAGCUAGGCCUCCACGCCCAUCACCCCCGCAAUUGUCUCUUCUACCUGCGCGAUAAAGAGCCCGCACAACUGCAGGAGCUCCUGAGGGAGAACAAUAUUGAAUUUGACACGGACAAUCCCAGCAACGAUCAGAAGUGCAAGGUUCAGCUGCAGAAGGAGACGCCGACAGGUGUUGUCGAUGCUGUUUGCAAUUCUGAUGUUGUGGAAAAUCACGCGGGACUCUGCAGGCAGCACUACGUUGAGUACCUGGCCGGCCUUGUGCUCAAGGCCAAAUUGGAUCCUGUGGAGAUAUUUGAUUUGAACGAGGCCAAACAAGAGUUGCGCCGACGGGGAAAAGUGCCGCCUGCUAAAGCACAGGAAAUGUCUGAGAUGGAUUACCUCAAAGUUUGCAUUCAGGUGGUGCAAGAGGAGAUUCCACUGGAGUGAAAAUUCCAAACGCGAAUGCUUCGGGAUUAUUUAUAUCCUCAUUUUACCUAUUCGAUCGUUUAUAACACAAAUGUUUAUAUUAGAGAAUAAAGAAUGUGAAAAAAGUUGUAAAA